AUGUCGUUUUCAGAUAAUCCCCGCUUUAAUGAGGGACAAUUUCUUCGUAGAUAUCGGAUGUUCCGGAAUUUGUUCCUUCGAAUUGUUGAUGCAAUUGAAGGUCAUGAUAUGUACUUCGAUCAACACGUUGAUGCGGUAGGUAGCUUUGGAUUAUAUACGCUACAAAAAAUCACUUUCGUGUUUAAAAUAUUGGCAUGCGAUGCGCCAGUGAAUACCACUGACGAAUAUGUAAAAAUUGGAGCGUCGACUGCAAUUGAAAGCAUGAAGAGAUUUUGUCGAGCUAUUGCAGAGGUUUUUGGCGAGAAGUAUUUGAGAUCACCAACAUCUAACGAUGUUGCAACUUUGCACAUCGGUGAACAUCGUGAUUUUCCUGCUGCAGGUAUUGCUCCUCCCACCCAUUAUAUUAUUCAAGAAAAAAAAUAUGAUAUGAGUUAUUAUUUAGCUGACAAUAUAUAUCUAAAAUGGUCAACCCUUGUGCAAACUAUUCGUGACCCAUGUUCGCCAUAAAAGAAAUAUUUCGUGAUAAAACAAGAAUCAUGUCGAAAAGAUGUUGAACAUGCAUUCAGAGUUUUGCUAGCUCGUUUUGCAAUUGUUGUAGGACCAUCACGUAUUUGGAGAAAGAAAGUGCUACAUGAUAUAAUAACUACAUGUGUUAUACUGCACAACAUGAUAAUCGAGGAUGAGUGUGAUUUUAAUGCACCAAUUCAAGAUGAUUGGGCAUGUCCGCCUCCAACGGUAGAAAUGAUAGUAGAUGCAAAUCAUCGAUUUGAAUAA